AAAGGAAGAUAGAAAAGGGAGUAGGGAUUUAAUAAGAAGUGUCCCUUGUUUUUUUUGGUACAAUUAUUCACUAUUUCUUUUAUUUUGUCUUCGCUAUUGACGAACGAGGGAAAAUCGGAGAUCUGAAGGUCUGGCCAAGGAAAUGGAAAUUACGUUGCCACGUGGGCAUAGAAUACUAAUAUAAUAAUCGAGUUUAUUGCAUUUCCCCUCUUUAUUCAGUUACUUUCAAACUACUUUAUUCGUUCUCUUUAUUCACCUCCGUCUCAUCUUACCUUCCCUUUCUCUGUAAGCAAACUCACCAGCUUUUUACACAAACACCUUGUGUGCGUGUAAUCAUCUGCAUAUCGUUUUGUACUGCGUUGGAUUCUGUUCCUUUUUCCAUUAUUUUGAUUAUUUCAGGAUUCUGAAUUUCUUAUUCUCGUUAUUUUCAGUUACUCGAAUUUUGGACAAAAGAUGGUGGUUUUCAAGGUUGCCCAUGUGGAGACAACACCAUUCGAUGGACAGAAACCUGGGACUUCUGGUCUUAGGAAGAAGGUUAAGGUAUUCAAGCAACCACAUUACCUGCAAAACUUUGUUCAGUCUACAUUUAAUGCACUUGGAGCUGAUAAUGUCAGAGGUGCUACACUUGUGGUUUCUGGUGAUGGCCGUUACUACUCAAAAGAUGCCAUUCAGAUCAUUAUUAAAAUGGCUGCUGCAAAUGGAGUGAGGCGUAUCUGGGUUGGUCAGAAUGGUUUGCUGUCUACUCCUGCUGUAUCAGCUGUUAUACGAGAAAGAACUGGAGCAGAUGGAUCCAAGGCUAAUGGCGCAUUUAUACUCACAGCGAGCCACAACCCGGGGGGUCCGCAUGAGGAUUUUGGAAUCAAAUACAACAUGGAAAAUGGUGGACCUGCACCAGAAGGAAUUACCGACAAGAUCUAUUAUAACACAACAACAAUUAAGGAAUACCUUAUUGCUGAAGGCCUGGAAGAUGUGGAUAUCUCCACAAUUGGCGUAACUAGCUUUGCAGGACCUGAGGGGCAGUUUGAUGUGGAUGUCUUCGAUUCUGCAAGUGACUAUGUGAAAUUGAUGAGGUCAAUCUUUGAUUUUCAAUCUAUCCAGAACCUACUAUCAUCACCAAAGUUCACCUUCUGUUAUGAUGCACUUCAUGGAGUUGCUGGGGCUUAUGCUAAACGUAUAUUUGUGGAGGAGCUAGGUGCCAAAGAAAGCUCGUUGCUGAAUUGUGUUCCCAAGGAAGAUUUUGGUGGAGGGCAUCCUGAUCCCAACCUGACCUAUGCAAAGGAGUUAGUUGCCCGUAUGGGAUUGGGUAAGACAGACUCAGGAGAGGAGCCACCAGAAUUUGGUGCUGCUGCUGAUGGAGAUGCCGACCGCAAUAUGAUUCUUGGAAAAAGGUUUUUUGUCACUCCAUCUGAUUCUGUUGCUAUUAUAGCUGCAAAUGCUGUCCAAGCGAUACCUUACUUUGCUGGUGGUUUGAAAGGAGUUGCAAGGAGUAUGCCCACAUCAGCUGCUCUUGAUGUUGUUGCUAAGAACCUUAAUCUGAAAUUCUUUGAGGUGCCCACAGGAUGGAAAUUCUUUGGCAACCUGAUGGAUGCUGGAAUGUGCUCGGUUUGUGGUGAAGAAAGUUUUGGAACUGGCUCAGACCACAUACGCGAGAAAGAUGGAAUUUGGGCUGUGUUGGCUUGGCUGUCCAUUCUUGCCUAUAAGAACAAAGAUAGUCUUGGAGGAGACAAACUAGUCAGUGUUGAGGACAUUGUUCGCCAGCAUUGCAUCAUAAAAGGGAUCCGACCAGAAGUCUCGAAGGUUGUUCAUGCUGAUGAAUUUGAGUACAAAGACCCUGUUGAUGGCUCUGUUUCAAAGCAUCAGGGCAUCAGAUAUCUGUUUGAAGAUGGCUCUCGUCUGGUUUUCCGACUUUCUGGAACUGGUUCAGAGGGUGCUACUAUUCGUCUUUACAUAGAACAAUACGAGCAAGAUCCAUCAAAGAUCGGAAGAGAUUCUCAGGAGGCACUUGCUCCAUUGGUUGAGGUUGCUCUUGCGCUGUCCAAGAUGCAACAGUACACCGGCCGAACUGCACCAACCGUCAUUACAUAAAUGUUGGAAUUCGUGCUUUACAAGUAUGUUGUUGGACGAAAUAUUUGUGACAUAUUUUUGGCUGAGAAAAAUAAAUGGUACUGCUGAUAUAUAUUUAAUCAGCUGCUAUGACAUAUUGUACUCCGGCAUGAAACCUUGUUUUGGAAGACCUUUUCUGUACUUUUCAUAUUUUGCUUUAUAGAAGGGCUCAUGAAUGUGAUCAUGGAUACAUCUAUCAUUUGAGCCGUUAUGGUUGGGAGAAUUUUCACCUUUACCGUGUGAUUUAGUAAUAAUUGUAAUUUUGGGAUGGGGUAAACUUUAUUUGCAUCUUUUCAAAUUUCAUGCCAAUUAAUUGCAACGAUGUACCAAAUUAUGGGAUUUUCAGCUAUCAAAUUAAAUGUACGUGCUUCCCCUUAAA